AUGGACAACGACAUUCCAAUCCCCCUCCUUUCUUCAUUUCUCAAAGUAACGGGUGCAAGUGCGGACGUGUGUCCGAGAUUUUAUACACCCAAGGCACGGCGUGGCGGAGCAGCUGGGCUCUCCCGAACCCGGGUUUCUCGCCCGGUCCCCUCCGUGAUUCCCCGAGCUUGCUCCGCCCCCGUCCCACCCCCGCCCUGCUCCUCAGCCCCGCCCCAGGCUCGCCCCGCCCCGCCCCCUCUGCCCCGUCCGGGCCUUGCACCGCCUCCCCAGGCUUGCCUAGCAGGCCAGUCGGAGGCUCGUCCCGCUCGGCCUCUCACGUCUCGCGCCCUCCGGAGCUACCUGGGCGCGUCCCGCCUCCUCCCCGCCCCUCAGCCGCUCUCCGAGCUAUCCCUGUCCCCGCCCGAGUGCUCCUUCCGCCUCUGCCCUCUGCUGCUUCCCGGGCUCCAGCAGCCCGCGGUCUCAUCUCCAUGGCGACGCUGUGUCUCCGGUUCCUCGCUCCGAACUCGGCGCGAACCGCGAGCUGGGCUGGCCUGCGGUGUCCGCCCUGCGGACCGGCGGUGUGAGAGGACCACGAGCGGGUUCCGGCUCCGGAGCUUCACGGCUGCCGAGACGGCGCGCGAGAAGAAAAAGUGAUGAUUGAAC